AUGGCCAAUACACCUAUCCCAGUGCUCUUCAACUUUGAGCCACCAGAUGUUGUUGGGCUCUAUAUGUUGCCUUCUGACAGUCCCGAAGGCUAUUGCCUGCUUGAAAUGACUGCAGAUGAAAAUUCUCCUGUGCGUCGGGGGCUCUUUCUGCCACAUUGGUUGACUCAGGUUACCUUUGGGUCAAUAUUCCUUGGGAAUGUCCCAGGUCACAUUAAGAUUCAUCCAAGCUCUGGGUGGAUUUCUGGCUUCAGAGGCUGCAUAAGGGAGUUCCAGGUGAACAACAAAGAACUCUUCAUCAUAGAUGAAGCCUUGGGAGGAAGGAACAUCGAGAACUGCAAUGUCCCUGUUUGUGACUAUCAUCCAUGCCGCAAUGGUGGCACUUGCACCAGUGAUACAGAGAACUGGUUCUGUGAAUGCUCUGUUCUCUACUCUGGGAAAUUAUGUCAGCUUUCAACCUGUGAGGAGAACCCAUGUGGAAAUGGAGCAACAUGUUUUCCAAAAUCCAGCCAAGACACCGUGUGCCUCUGUCCCUAUGGAAGGACUGGAAUCCUUUGUAAUGAUGUUAUUAAUAUUACCUAUCCUAACUUCAGUGGGACAGAUAGCUUUGGUUAUACCUCAUUCCUAGCCUAUUCAGCAAUUCCAAACAUCAGCCUCUACUAUGAAUUCCAACUGAAAUUUCAAUUGGCAAACCACAAUUCUUCACUGCAAGACAACCUGAUAUUUUUCACUGGUCAGAAGGGUCAAGGUCUUAAUGGCGAUGAUUUCUUAGUGCUAGGCCUGCGCCGUGGCCACCUGGUGUACAGCUACAACCUAGGAUCUGGAACAGCCACUAUCAUUAGUGAGCUGCUAGAUCUGACACGGCAUAUUCACGUGGUCAGUCUUGGCAGAUUUCUUCAGGAUGGCUGGAUGAAGGUGGAUGACCAUGAAAACAAAACCAUCACAUCUCCGGGAACUUUGGUUGGGCUCAAUGUCUUCAGCCAGUUUUACGUAGGAGGUUACAUUGAAUACAUCCCAGAACUCUUACCGAAUGGAUGCAAUUUUAAGAACGGCUUUCAAGGUUGCAUUUUCGACAUACGAGUUCGCACUGCGAGGGACCAGCCAUUUAAAGCCCCAGGAAUCCCAGAAGGCCACCCGAAUGCUGGUCGCAGCGUAGGACAGUGUGAAGAGUCUCCGUGCCGCUUCAUAAAAUGCAGAAAUGGGGGGACGUGCGUGGAAAGCGGCUCGACUGUUUACUGCCAUUGCCCCGCUGGCUGGAAAGGAGCAUUCUGCAUGGAGACAGUUUCUGUGUGUGAUCCUGAGCAUAAGCCACCCCACAGGUGCAGGCAAGGUUCCACCUGUGCCCCACUGCCUGACGGCUACACCUGCCACUGCCCACUAGGAACCACUGGGGUCUACUGUGAACAAGCCCUAACCAUAAGCGAUGCAUCUUUCAGUAGCAACCAAUCUUCUUGGAUGUCAUUUGACUCCUUCAGCAUCCGACGCACGGUUCAUAUUGAGUUGCAAUUCCAAGCCCUUUCAGCAAACGGCAUCCUCUUCUACACUGCCCAACACCUGAGCCCACGAUCAGGCGAUUUCCUAAGCAUCUCUGUAGUAAACUGGUAUGUACAGCUGCGCUACAACCUUGGUGACAGAACGGUAAUUCUGCAGACUUUCCAAAAUGUACACAGCACAAGCGGUACGUGGUAUUUAAUUAAAGCAGGAAGAGUUGGCAAUGAAGGCUACCUCGACCUCAAUGGCAUCAAUAUAACCCGGGAAGCUAGUAGUGGCAUGACUGCCUUAGAUACACGCACAGACUUCUACGUAGGUGGAGUCUCUUCUUUAAAUCUGGUUAAUCCCAUGGCAAUCAAGAAUGAACCCAUCGGCUUUACAGGCUGCAUUCGAGAGGUUCUUGUCAACGGCAGAGAGCUAAAACUGACUGAGAAAGGAGCUAAAGCUGGCUCCAAUGUGGGAGACUGCGAUGGAACUUCUUGUGGGUAUACAGUGUGUAAAAAUAAUGGAGAAUGCAAAGUUGAACCAUCGGGUUUCUAUUGCUUGUGCCCCAAGCACUGGAUGGGGAAGACAUGUGAGCAAUCUGCUUAUUGUUCACAUGGUAAAUGUCUACAUGGAGGCAUUUGUAUACCUACCCCAGCUUUAUUUUCAUAUACGUGCGCAUGUAGACUUGGCUGGUCAGGCCUCCGUUGUGAAAAAAAGAUCUCAUUUUUUACUGCAAAAUUUACAGGCAAUUCAUACCUCAAAUACAUAGAUUCCAACUAUAAAAGAAGAGACCUCAGAUUCACUAGGAUAUCUUUCAAUUUUACCACUGAUCACGAGGAUGGUUUACUUGUAUGGUUAGGGAAGGCUGAAAAUGAAGACAGUGAUUUCCUUGCAGCUGGACUUGCCAGCGGAAUGCUGAAAGUUAUGGUGAACCUCGGAGAAAGCAUUGCUGUCCCUCUUGUUCUGCAGAGCAAGUCUCUAUGUUGCAAAAAAUGGUAUUUUGUCACCAUUGCACAGAACAAGACUCUCAUCAAAGUGUACCUUGAUGAGGAAUUGGUUCUCUUUGAAGAUCUAGAUCCACAAAGAAAAUAUACUGCUCUCAAUUAUGGAGGGACUUGCUAUUUUGGAGGAUUUGGGCUUAAUAGGAGAGUGAACACUGUCACUUCAGGGCUCUUCAAUCAGGAGUUAGUUGGCAAAAUUAAAGACGUUGUCCUGUUUCAAGAUACUAAAAAGAUCCUGCUGAUUAAGGCAGAAGGCUAUAAUGUUUAUAGUGGAGAUAAGGAUUAACUGCUGAAUAAGAACCUUUUUAUGUAAGUACAAAAUAUGAAUCUUUACUUACAGUGCAUGAUAUAUAGGAAACCUUUCCUUCAGGCUCCGGACUCCCUUUGCAGUCCCCAGCGCCCUGCGCUGUCUGAGUGAGGUUUUAAUCCUAGCCAAGCUAUUUUCCCUUCUCUCUGAGAAGCUGGACUGCAGAAAUGUUUAAAUUCCCCAAGCAACUAAUGGUUGAAAAAAGGAAAUUCUUUUGUGUUAAUUUAGGUGUUUUAAAACAGAAAAUCAUUUUAUUUUCUAUAUCAUAGGUAGCUUUUGUAUAUGAAGUGAGACUAAUGUAUAUUCAAUAUAGAAUUAUAUUAAUUUUCUGUUAGCUUAUUCUCAUAGAACUUUGCCUCCAAGUUUUAGAGCAUACAGUAUUCAGAAAAUAAAUGCCAAAUGUGAUUGAAACAGAGUGGUAAAAGUAUUUUUUUUAAAAACCAAACGUGUUUACAGUUCCACUACAAAAGCCAACUGGAUACUUCCACCAUUGCUGACAAGCAACAUUUUCUUGGCACACACAGUGGUUUUUCCCCAGCCGGAACUCCCCCAAAGUGUGGCGAGAGACCUGACCAGCGUCAGCAAAGCCCCACUGUGCCUCUGACUCAUGAGACCCUCAGUGGAUCCCGGACAUCAUCUACAGCAGGCAUCCCCAAACUUUGCCCCCCAGAUGUUUUGGCCUACAAUUCCCAUCUUCCCCGACCACUGGUCCUGUUAGCUAGGGAUCAUGGGAGUUGUAGGCCAAAACAUCUGGAGGGCCGCAGUUUGGGGAUGCCUGAUCUACAGGCUCUGGAGAGGCACAGGUGAACCUGCGCUUUGCUGAGGCUCUUCAACCUCCUAGCUAACAGCUGACACACAGGAAAGCUGCACCUCAGCUGAGCAAGCCCCCAACACUGCUGCAGCUCACCUAAGCCAGAGAGCGGGGAGCUUGUUAAACUG